ACUGUCGGCGGCGCAAGCGCAGGAGAGGCGGCGUCCAGGGCAAGUCUCCCUAAUGUAAGAUGGUGGCCGGGCUGGCAGCGGAGCGCCCCGAGCUCGGAGAUUCCCCGUCUCUCGCCUAAAGGUCGUCGGAGCAGCCGCCCGAGCGCCCGGCCGGCCCGCCGCUACAGCCCCUCAAGUGCUGACCUUCUUUAUCUAUUAAGUUAUUAUAAACUUUUGCUGCUCUGCGAACACAAAGAUGUCUCGCAGCCCUGAUGCUAAGGAAGACCCUGUGGAAUGCCCCCUUUGCAUGGAGCCUCUGGAGAUUGAUGACAUCAACUUCUUUCCUUGCACCUGUGGCUACCAAAUCUGUCGUUUCUGUUGGCAUCGUAUCCGCACUGAUGAGAAUGGACUUUGUCCUGCUUGCAGAAAGCCAUAUCCAGAAGAUCCAGCAGUGUACAAACCACUCUCCCAGGAAGAGCUGCAAAGGAUAAAAAAUGAAAAGAAACAGAAACAAAAUGAGAGGAAACAGAAGAUAUCAGAGAAUCGCAAACAUUUGGCCAGUGUACGGGUUGUACAGAAGAAUCUUGUCUUCGUGGUAGGGUUAUCUCAGCGCCUAGCAGACCCAGAGGUUUUGAAACGACCAGAAUAUUUUGGGAAGUUUGGUAAAAUACAUAAAGUUGUAAUUAAUAACAGCACAUCAUAUGCAGGCUCACAGGGUCCAAGUGCCAGUGCAUAUGUAACCUACAUCCGGUCAGAAGAUGCUCUCAGAGCCAUACAGUGUGUCAAUAAUGUGGUGGUAGACGGCAGAACACUUAAGGCAUCACUAGGUACAACAAAAUACUGCAGUUAUUUUCUAAAAAAUAUGCAGUGUCCAAAACCAGACUGUAUGUAUCUACAUGAGCUAGGAGAUGAAGCAGCCAGUUUCACAAAAGAAGAAAUGCAGGCGGGUAAGCACCAAGAAUAUGAACAGAAACUACUGCAAGAACUAUACAAACUAAACCCCAACUUUCUUCAGUUAUCUACGGGUACAGUUGACAAGAACAAGAACAAAGUGACAGCACUGCAGAGGUACGAUGCACCCAACAGUAAUAACAAAGAUGCCUGGCCAUCAUUACAGAGUUCAAGUAAAUCAGCCAACGGCUUAACAAUGGAACACAGGAAAACGCCUCCUAUAUUAGAAAAUGGCACAGACCCAGAACACAUGACUCCAGAUGGUGCAGACUCAGAUUUCGGCCCUAUCGACAAACCUUCAGAUUCCCUCAGUAUAGGAAACGGUGACAGCUCCCAGCAGAUAACAAACAGUGACACACCUUCACCGCCGCCUGGUUUAACAAAACCCAAUCCAGCCAUACUCAUCAGUUCAUCUAACCACAGUGCACGGUCUCCUUUUGAAGGAGCUGUAACAGAAUCACAGUCACUCUUCUCUGACAACUUCCGGCACCCUAACCCCAUCCCCAGUGGGCUUCCUCCGUUCCCCAGCUCUCCACAGACUUCAAAUGACUGGCCUACAGCACCAGAACCACAGAGCCUCUUCACAUCAGAAACUAUACCAGUAUCUUCUUCCACAGACUGGCAAGCGGCUUUUGGGUUUGGUUCCUCCAAACAGCAAGAGGACGACUUAGGGUUUGACCCCUUUGACGUCACCCGCAAAGCCUUAGCAGACCUGAUUGAGAAGGAACUGUCAGUUCAAGACCAACCUUCCCUCUCGCCCACAUCUCUUCAGAACCCUUCCCCACACACUACAACUGCCAAAGGGCCAGGCUCUGGAUUUCUGCAUCCUGCUGCACCCGCAAAUGCCAACUCUCUCAGUAGCACCUUUCCAGUCAUGCCACAGAGGUUCCCACAGUUUCAACAACAUCGAGCAGUUUACAACUCCUUCAGUUUUCCAGGCCAAGCAGCUCGCUAUCCUUGGAUGGCCUUUCCACGCAAUAGCAUCAUGCACUUGAACCACACAGCAAAUCCCACCUCAAAUAGUAAUUUCUUGGACUUGAAUCUCCAACCACAACACAGCACAGGUCUGGGAGGGAUCCCUAUAUCAGACAACAGCAGUUCUGUAGAGAGUUUAAAUAUGAAGGAAUGGCAGGACGGGCUAAGGGCACUUCUACCGAACAUUAACAUCAGCUUUGGUGGACUGCCCAAUGCUUCCUCCCCCUCCAACGCCAACCACAGUGUACCAACGUCCAACACUGCCACCACCGACAGCCUGAAUUGGGACAGCUCUGGCAGCUGGAUGGACCCCGCAAUCAUCACAGGUAUCCCAGCCUCCACAGGAAACAGUUUAGACACCCUUCAAGAUGACAAUCCUCCACAUUGGCUAAAAUCUCUUCAGGCCCUCACAGAGGUGGACGGCCCCAGUGCAGCGCCGUCACAGACGCACCACAGUAACCCCUUCGGCACACAGAUCCCUCUGCACAGAGCCAGUUGGAAUCCCUACUCUCCUCCUUCAAACCCAACCAGUUUCCAUUCCCCACCCCCAGGCUUUCAGACAGCCUUCAGACCCCCCAGUAAAACCCCCACAGAUCUACUACAGAGCUCAGCGCUGGAUCGUCAUUAGGAAAGGAGGAAAAAAAAAAACAACAACGUUAGAAAUGCAGGAAGUGUCCCACCCCAACUCCUCCCCACACCCACCUACUGUUCCCUGUCAUAUCUUUCUUUCUGAAGAAUCCAGUUCCUGAUCAAACCUCCCCCCCAAAUGCAAUGCCAUCACAGGGUCGUGGCCAGAUCUUUUCAUUAAGUUUCUGCUGAGCCGGUGUUUGAAAUGCACCUUUGGAAAUAAUUUCUAAACAUUCUAAGGGGAAAAAAAAAAAAAGAGAGAGAGAAAUCAAAAACGCAGUCUCAAUGCUUAAGGAGAAUAUUACUGUCUUAUGUCUUUUGCACAUGAGUAUUCCUGCCUAGUGAAAAAGCGUCAGUCUACAAUAGGGGAAAAAUGCAAUGCAGAACCAAGUGCAGAAAUACGAAAAAGGUAUUUAAUUUAAAUGAAGUUACUGAGCAUGUGGGGCAAGCAGUGGCCUACCAUUUAUUUUGCAUUCAGUGUGGCACUACACAGGGAAAUUGCUGUAUUUUUUUUCUUUUCAGAAAAGAGGACUUUGUGUCACUCAGUAAGAGGUUUGACAUGAAGUGUGUUGAAAGCCAAAACACUUAUAGCGCUGAGUAAAUGGCAUGUUGCUGAAGAGUGGUUUAGAGACAGGAGAAUAAGAUUUUUUUUUUAAUUUUGGCUUUAGAUUUAAAGUAAACUUUAAUGUUUUAAAAGUAUUCACAGAUUUAAUACCUAGCAUAUACAUAAUAUAAUUAUAAGCAGCUGAAACACGAGUGAUAUUUACUUCAGUCUUUGUCUCCUCUGUCGGUCUCUCUUUCUUUUUUUUUUUUUUUAAAACAAAGACUCACCUGAUUGGGGCACUCUGGGAUAGCACUGCAUUGGGGCCACAUGAUCACCAUCAGGAGCAACCUCUGACCUCCUCUGCCUGCAGCUUUUACUUAACCCUGUAGUUUCUGGACGUUUGUGCAGUAUUGAAAAGACAGGAAAAAGAAACAGAUAAACAUGGUUAUAACCUGACGCUAAAACUAAAACCAAGGAAAUGUACCUCUUUCUUCAGAAUUAAAACUAAAAUCUUAAAUAAAACAGAGAACUUGAUGAUGA